AUGACGAGAUUUUGGCGAGGGAAAGCAGUUGGGCCAAUGAUACCAUCCAUGUACCUGGACAAACAGUUGGAGAACGAAAAAAACCACAACCUAAACAUUCUCGGCCCACCAACAAUCACUUCCAUCGACUGGCUUAACCAACGACAUUCCAAAUCCGUCAUCUACGUAUCGUUCGGAAGCCUGACAGAGCUAACGGCCCAACAAACUGAGGAGCUCACAUGCGCCCUAACUGCAUGCGGCAAACACUUCUUGUGGGUUGUCCGCUUAUCUGAAGAGCCAAUGCUCCCGCUAAACUUCAGGCAUGAUGUGUCUGACAGGGGGCUCGUGGUGUCGUGGGCCCCACAACUGGAAGUGCUGGCACACCCUGCUAUUGGGUGUUUUGUGACGCACUGCGGCUGGAACUCGACUCUGGAGGGGUUGUGCUUAGGGGUUCCGAUGGUGGCAAUGCCGCAGUGGACCGACCAGAGCACAAAUGCGAAACUCGUGAGGGAUGUGUGGGGAUUGGGGAUCACGGCUACGAAGGACGAGUGUGGAUUAGUGAGAAAAGAAGAAAUCAUGAGUUGUGUGAGACGUGUGAUGGAGGGGGAUGAAGGGUUACUCGAGCCAAUAAACGAACCUACUUGA